AUGUCCAAAAAACGCCCAGAGGAUGAAUGGCAAGCGGUCCUAUCUCCUGAACAGUUUAGAGUUUUAAGACAAAAGGGAACUGAAAUGCCAAAUACUGGAGAGUAUAAUAAGUUUAAAGGAAAAGGAGUAUAUUGUUGUGCGGGCUGUAAUACACCGCUUUAUACUUCUGACACAAAAUUUGAUUCUGGAUGUGGUUGGCCUGCGUUCUUUGAUGCUAUUCCUGGUGCAAUUAAUCGUCAUGAAGAUACAACUCAUGGAAUGAAGAGAGUUGAAAUUACUUGUGCUGCUUGUGAUGGUCAUUUGGGCCAUGUUUUUCAA